AUGUUUGGGAGCAGUAGCGCUUUCGAUCCAAAUAAAGAUAUCCCCAACCUCAAGGGAAACGUCAUCAUCGUAACUGGAGGCAAUAUCGGCCUCGGCCUGGAGACAAUACGACAGCUCGCAAAACAUAACCCCGCUCAUAUAUACCUAGCUGCACGAUCUGCUGAGAAAGCCGGAGCUGCUAUCAAGCAACUAAAGGCCGAUAACCCAAAUGCGGCCCCUAUUUCAUUCUUAAAUCUAGAUCUCUCAUCUUUUGAUAGCAUCAAAGCCGCUGCCAAAACAAUCCAAGACUCAGAAUCUCGCCUAGAUAUCCUUGUUAACAAUGCUGGAAUAAUGAUGGUAGACGAAGGCCUCACGAAAGAAGGUUAUGAGAUCCAAUUCGGAACAAAUCAUCUUGGUCCCGCACUCUUCACCCAACUUCUUCAGCCGAUUCUUUCCAAGACAGCUACAAUCAACCCCGAAACCCGUGUCGUCAAUGUAUCUUCAGCAUCCGAGCGAGUCGCACCAAGCGACAUUUACAAGUUCGACGAAUUUAAAACUACAAGCCCAGAACGCCACACCACCGCCCGCUAUUCUGCUUCGAAGAUUGCGAACGUUCAUUAUACUUUGGCGCUUGCUGAGAGGUCCAAGGAUGUUAAAUAUAUUACCGUACACCCUGGAAUGGUAGCAACAAAUCUUCAUCAUGCCUCAGCUGGGUUCUUCCUAAAAGCAUUUCUCAAUACCGCGAUAUACUUUGCCACACCAGUCGACAAAGGCGCUCUCAGCCAAAUUUGGGCAGCUACAAGUCCCGAAGCGAAGAAUGGAGGCUGCUAUGCUCCCACCGGUGUGAUCUGGAAGCGUUCGAAGGCCAGUCAAAACCAUGAUCUUCAGGAGCAGCUGUGGAACUGGACUCAGAAAGAACUCAAGGCGCAUCUCUAA